ACCCGAAAGGAAACAACAACUUUAAUAAUAAACGACUGACGAAAAGCGGAAAACGCGCAUCGAUCUGAUGGAGACGCGCGUGGGAUCUCGUGCGUGCGCGUGCGUCGCGCUCCUACUGUUCGCGUUGCACGCGAGUCUCGGUCACGAACACAUUAAACUACAGGAGGAUGAAGAGACAGCAGAAGAGGUGAAGUUCAGGACACCCGAGGAAGAUCAGCUGAAGCUCAGGGCUCCUGAAGGAGAUGUGAGGGUCCAGGUGUCGGGUCGAGCUCUGGUUCCGGGAGUCAGAACUCAGGACUGGGUCGCUCAUGCUCGGGUUCUGCUGGACGGAGACACACAUGUGGGAUUCAUCAGAGAAGAUGGAGGAUUCUCAGUCAGUGACGUUCCGUCGGGAUCGUAUGUUCUGGAAAUCUCCUCUCCAACCUACAGAUUCCAGCCUGUGCGAGUCGACAUCACGGCUACUGGGAAGAUGAGGGCUCGUGUGGUCGACUACAUCAGAACAUCAGAGGUGAUCCGACUCCCGUACCCUCUCCAGAUGAGAUGCCUCGGCCUGCACUCAUACUUCAUCCAGCGGGAGACCUGGAUCUGGUCCGAUUUCCUCAUGAACCCGAUGGUUCUGAUGAUGGUUCUUCCUCUCCUCAUCAUCGUUCUCCUUCCUAAAGUCAUGAACUCCAGUGAUCCAGAGAUGAAGCGGGAGAUGGAGCAGUCGAUGAACAUGCUGAACUCAAACCAGGAUCUUCCUGACGUCUCAGAGAUCGUGACCCGGUUCUUCUCUCCGCCUAAAAGCCACGGGAGAGCAGGGGGAGGAGCCAGGGCCAGUGUGGGCGUGGCUCAGGGUGUGAGGGGUGGGGCUUCGAGUGUAAGGGGCGGGGCUCCGAGGCGCAGAUCAAAGAUUAAUACGGCCGUGACUUCUAGUGAAUAAAGAGCUAGUAUUUCAAUAUUUCAGAACACAAUAUUUCUGUCAGUCAAACAUCUGUGUUUA